ACAUGUCUUCAGUGCUGCAGAACCGAGCAGCACGUGACUGACCUGCAGCCAGCUUUCUGCUGGUUAUACUGGUGGAAGAUGAACUUUAAUGAAGGGAAGAUGGAGCUGCAGCAGCUGCUGAGCAGAGUGAGUCUGCCUGAGCUGCCGAAGCUGCUGGACUGGAUGAAAAACUCGGAUGAGCUGGAUGACCUGCUGGUGGACAACAACAGGGUGAUCCUGCAGAGCAUUGCAGACGACCUGAGAGCCAGGCUCCCUCUGGACGCCAUGCUGCCCUCUGAGGCCACCGUCCACCACAAGAUGCAGCAGCGGGUGCGGCCAACAGUUCACGUGGACAGCUUCUUGUACAGCGACGAGCAGGUGGACGCUCUGUGUUCAGAGGGGACCAUGAGCAGGACCUACUGUCUGAGCUGUGGAUCCUUCAAGACAGCACCAUUGGACUUCAUUUCUCACUCCUUCUCAGUGCCAGAGCUUCAGUUCCUCUUCCAGAACGUUCUUCCUGAUCUGAGUGGCCGGACACUGGUGGAUGUUGGCUCUAGACUGGGAGCUGUGUUGUAUGGGGGUUAUGUGUACAGCUCAGCCUCUCAGCUCCUUGGCCUGGAGCUCAACGAGGAGUUCGUCAGGCUGCAGAACGAGAUGCUGCACAAAUACAGUAUGACCGACAGAGUUCAGGUGCUCCAUGCUGACGUAUGCACGCAGGAUGCUUUGCUACAUAGCGCUGAUGUUCUGGUCAUGAACAACGUCUUUGAAUACUUUAUGGAGCCCAGCGAGCAAGUCAGAGCAUGGAAAUUCAUCAUGCAGACCUUCAGGAGAAGAGGAUCUCUGCUGGUCACUGUUCCCAGUCUGCAGGACAGCCUGAACACUCUGCAGGUGCCUCUGCAGCAUGGCUGGGUAGAGGAGCUUCCUGUGGACUAUAACAUUUACCUGGGCACAGAUGCAGACCCCGAAGCGCUCAGGCAGAUCCACCUGUACAGGGUGAUGUGACCAUGGACUGAUUGACUUGUACAGGGUCACGUGACUGAGCCACCUGAAAAGAACUUUGUUUUUAUUACCCGGGUAAAUUAAUGUGUGGUUGUGAAUCGGAACUGGCUCUGAUGAGAACAUAUGGUUGAAGGGGUGACAUCUUAAAUCUGUGUUGAGGAAUCAACAGAGGCACAACCAGCUCGUUUCAGUACUAGUCAAAGCACAGCUGUUGAUCCUCCAGAGCCUAAAGUUUCUGUUUACACAACAGGACAUGCAGGCGUCAACCUGAUCAGCUGUUCAGAUAAAAUAUUCUGUAUGAACCCUUUGGCUGAGAUAAAGAAAAAAACAACAACAAAAAAACAACUGUUUAUCAAGUCAACGUUAAGGACUCGACUCUUAGUUUAUUUCCAUUUGGGAUCAGACAGGAAGUGAGGAGGAAGAUUCCACCAGUGAGUUUGUUGAUUUUUUACGGAACGUUGUUAAACCCACAGUUCUGUAGAAGUGGUUGCACAGUCAACAUACUGUUGGAAAUCAGACUUUCUUUUGUUCUCAGCUUGUGAAGCUUAAAAUUUCCAGCAGGAAAAAUCACGUGUGUGUGUGAGAAGCAUAAACUGUGUUGUAGGUGGUUUAAAAUAUGGCAAAACGGACAGUAAUUUAGAUGUAAACUUCAGGACCUUGUGGACUCGUGCAGCUGGUGUAACACUGAUGAGUCUUGUUCAGUGGACGGUGAGGAGCAACAUGUUUUAGAAAAAGCUUUAGAAUUAAAUGUUUUGUGCAGCUGUUGUUAAAUCUGGACAAACUGGUGAAGGCUGUGGCUGGGUUAUGUUUCACACUGAGGUUAUUUACGGAAAUCUGUUAACAGAAUUUCCGCUGUUUGGUUAUGUUAAGCUGGAUUUUUCUGCUCUCAGGAACAACACUGGUGAAAAUUUGAAUGAUGACAUUUCUACAGAAUUUAUGGGGUGAUCAUAAAGGAAAGAGCAAAGCCUGAAGAACUCCAAAAGGUUUGGGUACAAGUCAGAUACGAGUAAUUCUGAUCAAAAAUUCCAACAAUCCAAAUAAAUUUCUACAAAUGGAGAAUCUCUUUCUUCACACGAUGUCUUCCUGACGGUGUUGUCCGCCAAAAAUAAAGAACUUUUCUGUAGUUAACAAUCAACAGCGAACUGCAAAGCUUCAUAAAUAAGUCAACGAUUCUUUAGAUUUAGUUCACCUGAGGGAAAUGAUCAGAAGUCCAUAAGCAGCAGGACCCGGUUCAAAGACCAGUGUCAGGAAAGUGAAAACUACGGUUUUUUUACCGCGGGUGUGAAGCUUUAGUGGAUAUAUUUACUUGGUCUUGUUUAGUUUACAGCCAUUCAGCUUCUUGAUCAAGCUUGAACUGACCAGAUUUCUUUGGACUGGCACAAACUGGUCUGGUGUGGUUUAAUCUGAUAUGUGUUUCACAAGGUCACGCUGUUGUCAAGAACAUAUUUCUCAUAUCUAUUUUUCUCUUUUCUAAAUGAAGUGAAAUGAUUCAGGACUUGCAAACCUAGAAUUUAAUCAUUUUAGAGGGAAUUAAAAAAAAAAGGCUUUGUGAUAUUUUGGAUUAGCUUUUUCACAGCUUUUUUUAUGUUUCUGGGAUCAAUAAAACAAUUUCCUUCAA